AUGGCAGAGAAUCCAUUUGCAUAUGAUGGAUAUGAUCAGGCUGAGCUUCCUGAGUUCUCAACUGAACCACCUGCACAUCAAACAAAUACUACACAUUCAAUUACGUCAAAUCCUCAAUUAUCAAAAAAGGCAAAAUUAGAACAACUCAAAGCACGCGAAGCAGAGCUUUUAAAGAAGCAAGAUCAACUUAAGGUUCAAGCAGCAGAAGUUACACUCGUACCAAAUUGGCCUUCUUUCUAUCCAAUUGUUAGAUACAAUAUUGAUAACGAUUUAAGUGCAUCAGCAAAGCCUACCGUACAAAAUGCUUUUUAUGGACUUGUUUCUAUAAGUAUUGCUUGCUUUGUAAACGUUUUAGCAGUACUUUUAGUUACAGGCUUAAGUCAGUACUCUAAAACAUCAGCUUUAGUAUUUGCCAUCAUCCAAGGAUUCGCUACUGUCUAUGUUGGCUUGAAUUUUUCAUAUAUGGGAAUAUAUGAAGCUUGCAAGAGACGUGACGUGCCUUUCAGAUGGACAAUCUACCAGUUUUGUUUCGUAGGAUGGUGUGGCUACCGUACUGUUGGAUUUCCAAACAGUGGAUCUGUUGGUUUUGCAGUAUUAUUAGAUUUAAUCGCGAACAACUCAAAAGGACUUUCCAAAUUUAUAGCUUUUAUUAAUUCUGCGCUCUCUGCUGUUGCUUUAUACUUCGAAAUUAGAGCGAUGGUCGAAGCUCAAAAAUACCAAAAGGUUUCUGGAAGAGUUGACGAAGUCGCCUUAAAUCCAGCUGAAACCGUCUAA